AUGGCUCCCCAGAAGAGGUCCAAGGGCGCAAAGGCGUCAGAGAACAUCAACUCCAAGCUCCAGUUGGUCGUCAAGUCCGGCAAGUUCUCGCUCGGCUACAAGCAGGCAUUGAAGCAGCUCCGUUCCGGCCGCUCCAAGCUCAUCCUUAUCUCCAAGAACACUCCCCCCCUCCGCAAAUCCGAGAUCGAGUACUACGCCAUGCUCUCAAAGACAUCGGUGCACCACUACGACGGCUCGAACGUCGACCUCGGAACCGCCGCUGGAAAGCUGUACCGCGUGGGUGUGAUGUCCAUCCAGGACGCCGGGGACUCUGACCUUCUGCAAUCCGAGACUGCUUAG